GCCCCACGGCCCCUCCCUGCCGCGGCCGGGCCCUUUUAAGGAGCCCCACCCCGGGUCGAGCCAGGGUGGAGCCGCGGGGCCGCGUUCACACCUCUCGCCCGGCCCGGUGAAGCGCGGCGGGGAGCAUGAUCCUGCCCGCGGAGGGGAUGAGCGCCGCGCACCCGCGGAGGAGCCCCCCCCGCGCCGCUUGGCCGGGCCAGGGGAAGGCGACACCUGCCAUGAGCUCGUCGGCGCUGCUGGCUGAGGGCCCCCUCGACCCGCCGGUGCUGCUGGCCGACAUCAAGACGGAGCCCCCCGAGGAGCUGCUGGCCAGCGACUGCGGCCAGCCCCAGGCCGAACCCGUCGAUCUCUCCCUCAACAAGUCCAAGGUGGCAGCGACGGCCUCGGCCCCCCCGCCACCACCGCUGCCGCCCCCCACCACCUCAGUCCAGUCCUCCCCCUUGCUGGUGGCUCCCCCUCUUCCCGCUCCCACCACCGUCUCCAUCUCGCCCUCCGGCCUCAGCUCCACCUCGGCCAUCCCGGCUGUCCUCUCGCCCGGCUCCAUCCUGGCCUCCACGCAGGGCAGCAGCGGGCAGCAGAUCCUCCAUGUCAUCCACACCAUCCCCUCCGUCAACCUGCCCAGCAAGAUGGGCAACCUCCAGACCAUCCCUGUGGUGGUCCAGUCCCUCCCAGUCGUCUACACCACCAUGCCCACCGACGGGGUCACCGCCAUCACCGUACCCCUCAUUGGGGGGGACGGCAAGAAUGCUGGCUCCGCUUUUCUUUCCCGCCCCCCACCAGUGAAAAUUGACCCGGGCUCCAUGUACCCCAUGGACAUGAACAGCGACAGUGAGGACAGCGCCUCUGAAAGCGGCCCGGCCCCUUUCCAGGACCUCCAGAGAGAGCCGGCGGCGCGGGGGCAGCGAGCCGAUUCCCCCGACCUGAAGAAGCGGCGCAUCCACCAGUGCGACUUCGAGGGCUGCAAUAAAGUCUACACCAAAAGCUCCCACCUCAAAGCUCACCGGCGGAUACACACAGGCGAGAAGCCCUACAAAUGCACCUGGGAAGGCUGCACCUGGAAAUUCGCCCGCUCCGACGAGCUGACGCGGCACUUCCGCAAGCACACGGGCAUCAAGCCCUUCCGCUGCUCGGACUGCGACCGCAGCUUCUCCCGCUCCGACCACCUGGCCCUUCACCGCCGGCGGCACAUCAUGAUGUGAGGAGCCAAAGUUCCCCCCCUGGGCACCUGGCUGGGAUGGGGAGGGGAGGACAGCGGUGGAAAAUGGGGGUGUAUCCCCCCCCCCCCCCCGCCCCCACACACACCCCGUCCCUGGUCCUCCGGCUGCGGCGUAGGGACUGCGGGAGCAGAGAGAGGCUGAGCUCUGCCCGGCGGCGAGCAAACUGUGGCUGCUCCAGGAGCCCCACCGGCACAAGAUGUAAAAAGAUGGUUUCCAGACUGCUCCUCCUCCUCCCUCGCUCCCAAUUUUUUUGUUUUGUUUUGGUUUGGUUUUUUUUCUGAGUUUUUUCCUCCCCACUCGCAACAUCCGGAGGCUCCUCCUUGACUCCUCACCCGGGAUUCACCCAGCACCGGCCUCCAGAUCUGCGCAUCUUCCUCUUCAGCUUCUUUUCCCCGUCUCCCAUCUUGUGUGUUCGCUGUCCCCUGCCCCCCUCGCGGUCCCUGUGAGGAAAAUCGGGGAGCCGUGACAAGGACAGAGCGGGGUGGGGGGGUGUGCUCUGCCAUCGCCCCACGUGCAAUAGUUGUCGGCCUCUUUCCUCUCCAGGAAGCCGCUGCCUCUCCAUCCCUGGCCACUGCGUGUCCCUGUCCCCGCGGGAAAAGGGACCGCGGCACGUCACCUCUCUCCGCAUCCUAGGAGAGGUGCUGGGGGCACGCAGGAGAGCCAGGAGGGAAAGAAAAAUCAAGAAGAGGGGGGAGGGGAAAAAACCCAACAGCACCCCAGAAACAAGAGCACUGCCACCAAAAAAAAAAAAAAAAAAAAAAAAAGGAAAGGGAAACUGCGGAACGUGGAACUGUGAUUUUAUGGAGUUUUAAAGGGGGGGUGGGGAGGGUGGAAGCCACCAGCUCUGGGGUUUUUUUGAAGACUGUGGGACAGUUGAACCAUUUCUAAGUUAAAAAAGGCAGACUGUGGCCCCACACUUUUCUUCUUUUUAAUUGUAAUUAUUAUCUUUGUGGCGUGCUUCCCCCCAUAGCCCCCACCCAGUUGCUGCGGGGGCAGCCCCACUCUCGUGCUGGGUGGGUGGCAGGAUUUGGGGUUGGAGCCCUGGGGCUGUUGGGUGGUGAGAAAGGGGGUGGAGUGGGGGCUGUGACGCUCCCACAUCCCCCAACCCCAACAACCAGUACCUGUGGGGCUGGUUGGGGGCCGGGGGGCGGGGGGUGUGUGUGUAUCUCAAAAGCUCUCUGUGAGCCCAUGUGCCUUUGGCUGGGGGGGUGCUGGGCUGCCUGGUGCGCUGUGGAUUUGGGGCAGAGCGGCUGGAAAGCUGCCCAGGGGAAAAGGCCGUGGGGGGGGGGGGCUGGUCAACAACUGGCUGAAUGUGUGCCCAGGUGGCCAAGAAGGCCAACACCAUCCUGGCUUGUGUCAGCGAUAGUGUGGCCAGCAGGACUAGGGGAGCGAUCAUCUCCCCUUGCUUGGCACUGGGGAGGCUGCACCCUGAAUACUGGGUCCAGUUUUGGGUCCCCCCCCUCCCCACUCCAGGAGGGAUGCUGAGGGGCUGGAGCACAAGGCCUGGGAGGAGCGGCUGGGGGGGGGGGUUCACAAGCGAUAGGAUGAGAGGGAACGGCCUCAAGUUGUGCCAGGGGAGGUUUAGGUUGGAUAUUAGGAAAAAUUUUUUCCCUCAAAGGGUCGUCAAGCACUGGAACGGGCUGCCGGGGGAAGCGGUGGGGUCGCCAGCCCUGGAGGUGUUGGGAAGACGUGCAGGCGUGGUGCUUAGGGAUGGGGUUUAGGGGUGGCCUGUUAGUGGUGGGACUCAAUCCUGAGGGUCAUGGCCAAGCGGAUUCCGCGAGUCUGCGAUUUUUGGGGAGCUCUGUGUGUGUGCGUGCCCCCCGUCCCGCCGCGUGUCCCCGCUCCCCCUGCACCCCGUGUCCUUCCUUCACCUGACACGGCCCCAAAUCCUCCCGGGAACCGCUCGCCUAAAGAAGGUGAAAAACCCCGAAAGGGCAGGCUGUGAAAACCCCUGGGGUUUGGGGGCUGCUCUGUUCCUCCGAGGUUUUGGGGUCACCGCCACCGACAGCCCCGUGGGACCCCCCCCCAGCUGGGGACUCCAUCCCGCUGUUUUCCAAGCCCCGGGGUGGGGAGGGAGUGUUGCGUGUUUCUGUUUUGUAUUUGGUUGUUUAAAAAAAGACCCACAAAAACCCAACCAAACAACAAAAGCAACAUGCAAUUUUAAACUCUGGAGCUGUGAUAUUUAUACAAAACUGUCUGACGUUUUUUCUACACAGGAAUAAUAUUGAAAGUAGAUGA